AGUUUUAUUGCCCACACUAAAUAAAAAAGUUGAUUGCGAAAUUUAAAAUCGAAAAAAGCUUAAAGGGGUAAUUUCGUCAUUAAUUUGAAUUUUUCUUUCACUGCCAGCUCUGCUUUAGAGCUUCUCUACUUCAUCUUCUUCUUCACGUUCGCUUCAGAGAUCGAUCGGAGUAGAGAAAAAUGUCAGGUUUCGUCGGGAUUUUGGUAUCGGAUCCAUGGUUACAGAACCAAUUCACGCAAGUGGAGCUUCGAAGUUUGAAAUCUCACUUCACGAGCAUGAAGAGAGAGAGCGGGAAGCUAACAGUAUCAGACCUCGCGUCAAGGAUGGGGAAAUCAAAAGUAGUCGGAGAUCAGAAUCUAAGCAGCGAAGAAAGAGCGACGCUGAUCCAAAAUUUUCAUCCGAAUUUGAAUGAUGAAGUCGAUUUCGAAUUCUACUUAAGGAUUUAUUUGAAUCUUCAAGCGCAUGUAAACGCAAUAAUCGGAAGCGGUGUUAAAAACUCGUCUGCGUUUCUUAAAGCAGCUACAACAACUUUGUUGCAUACUAUUAGUGAUUCUGAGAAAUCUUCUUAUGUUGCUCAUAUCAAUAAUUAUCUCUCUGGAGAUGAGUUUCUAAACAAGUACCUUCCGAUUAAUCCGUCUUCGAAUGAUCUAUUCGAAGUUGCAAAAGAUGGUGUUUUGCUUUGUAAGCUAAUAAAUGUGGCGGUUCCUGGAACGAUCGAUGAACGAGCGAUUAAUACUAAGAGUAUGCUUAAUCCAUGGGAGAGAAAUGAAAAUCAUACGCUUUGUCUUAAUUCUGCCAAGGCUAUUGGUUGUACUGUGGUUAAUAUAGGAACUCAAGAUAUCAUUGAAGGAAGGCGUCAUCUUGUACUUGGUGUGAUUUCUCAAAUCAUUAAGAUACAAUUGCUAGCAGACCUAAACUUGAAGAAAACUCCCCAGCUGGUGGAGUUGGUCGGUGAUAGCAAGGAUGUGGAAGAGCUGAUGAGUUUACCACCUGAGAAGAUCUUAUUGAGAUGGAUGAAUUUUCAGUUAAGAAAAACUGAAUACAAGAAAACCGUCACAAACUUCUCCUCUGAUGUUAAGGAUGCGGAAGCUUACACUAAUCUAUUAAAUGUGUUGGCACCAGAGCACAAGAAUGCAUCACAUUUAGCAGUUAAAAGCUCAUUUGAGAGAGCAAAACUUGUUCUCGAACAUGCAGACAGAAUGGGAUGCAGGAGAUACUUGACGGCGAAGGAUAUUGUUGAGGGUUCCCCGAAUCUUAAUCUUGCUUUUGUAGCACAUAUAUUCCAGCACAGGAACGGCCUUUCAACACAAACGAAACAGAUAUCUUUUCUUGAAAAUCUAGCUGAUGACAUUCAAAUUUCAAGAGAAGAAAAAGCGUUCCGGUUUUGGAUUAACAGCUUUGAUGGUUCACUAUACAUAAACAACGUGUUUGAAGAUCUCAGAGAUGGGUGGAUACUAUUGCAGACACUAGACAAAGUGUCUCCAGGCAUUGUUAAUUGGAAAGUAGCAAGCAAGCCUCCAAUCAAAUUGCCAUUCAAGAAAGUAGAAAACUGUAAUCAGGUUGUGAAAUUAGGGAAGCAGCUCAAGUUCUCUUUGGUUAACAUUGCUGGAAAUGACAUUGUUCAAGGAAACAAGAAACUCAUACUAGCAUACUUAUGGCAAUUGAUGAGAUACAACAUCCUGCAACUUCUUAAGAACUUGAGAUUACAUUCCAACGGUAAAGAAAUAACAGACGUUGAUAUAUUGGAAUGGGCAAAUGCUAAAGUGAGAAACAAUGGAUGCAAAACCCGCAUGUACAGUUUCAGGGACAAGAGCUUAUCCGAUGGGAUCUUUUUCUUGGAGCUGCUAAGUUCAGUGCAGCCAAGAUCCGUAAACUGGAGCCUUGUUACAAACGGAGUUACAGAUGAAGAGAAAAAGAUGAAUGCAACUUAUGUGAUUAGCAUAGCCAGGAAACUUGGUUGCUCCAUUUUCUUACUCCCUGAAGAUAUAAUUGAGGUGAAUCAAAAGAUGAUGUUGACAUUGACGGCGAGUAUAAUGUAUUGGACUCUCAAGCAACCUCUUCAUCUUAAUAAGCCUAUCGGAUCUCCCGAUAGCCACAAUGGAAUUUCACUCACUGCUCUACUCACACAGAGAGUGCGAGAUCCAAUGCGGUGCUUUCCACCGCACUUAUGGUGCACCUCCUUGGUCGCAUUAUUGUCGGUUACCGGAACCCUAGCCGCCGAUCCUUACAUCUUCUUUGAUUGGACUGUCUCUUACCUCUCUGCUUCUCCUUUCGGCACUCGUCAACAGGUGAUUGGGAUAAAUGGGCAAUUUCCUGGUCCGAUUCUAAACGUAACUACGAAUUGGAAUGUUGUUAUGAAUGUGAAGAAUAAUCUUGAUGAGCCAUUGCUUCUUACAUGGAAUGGGAUACAACAUAGGAAAAACUCAUGGCAAGAUGGUGUUUUGGGAACUAAUUGUCCAAUUCCUUCUGGUUGGAAUUGGACUUAUGAGUUUCAAGUUAAAGAUCAGAUUGGUAGUUUCUUUUAUUUUCCAUCAACAAAUUUUCAAAGAGCUUCUGGUGGGUAUGGAGGGAUUAUUAUCAAUAAUCGAGAAAUCAUUCCGGUUCCUUUUGCUCUUCCUGAUGGUGAUGUUACUCUCUUUAUCAGUGAUUGGUAUACUAAGAGCCAUAAGAAGCUGAGGAAGGAUGUUGAGAGUAAGAAAGGCCUUGGACCUCCAGAUGGUAUUGUUAUCAAUGGAUUUGGACCUUUUCCUUACACUCGCGAGCUAGCUUCGAAUAAUUAUCCAUUUGGGACAAUAAACGUUGAACCAGGACGAACAUAUCGUUUUCGUGUUCACAACAGUGGCAUUGCAACCAGCUUGAAUUUCAGAAUACAGAAUCAUAACCUGCUUCUUGUUGAGACAGAAGGGUCAUACACAGUUCAGCAGAAUUAUACGAAUAUGGAUAUUCAUGUGGGUCAAUCUUUCUCAUUUCUGGUCACUAUGGAUCAGUCUGGUAGUAAUGACUACUACAUUGUUGCCAGCCCAAGGUUUGCUACAUCCGUCAAAGCUAGUGGAGUCGCUGUCUUGCACUACUCUAAUUCUCAAGGACCCGCUUCAGGUCCACUCCCUGAUCCUCCUAUUGAGUUGGACACAUUUUUCUCAAUGAACCAAGCACGAUCCUUAAGGUUGAAUUUGUCAGCUGGAGCUGCCCGCCCAAACCCGCAGGGAUCUUUCAAAUAUGGCCAGAUUACAGUAACUGAUGUUUAUGUGAUUGUCAACCGAUCACCAGAGAUGAUAGAUGGGCGAUUGCGUGCUACUCUUAAUGGUAUAUCAUAUUUACCUCCUUCAACACCCCUAAAGCUUGCUCAGCAAUACAACAUCUCAGGGGUAUACAAGUUGGAUUUCCCAAAAAGGCCGAUGAAUAGGCAUCCCAGGGUUGAUACCUCUGUCAUAAACGGCACGUUCAAGGGAUUUGUGGAAAUCAUAUUUCAGAACAGUGACACCACUGUUAAGAGCUACCACUUGGAUGGUUAUGCAUUUUUUGUCGUUGGGAUGGACUUUGGUCUGUGGACAGAAAAUAGCAGAAGCAUAUACAACAAGGGGGAUGCGGUUGCUCGAUCUACUACGCAGGUGUUUCCCGGUGCAUGGACGGCCAUCUUGGUUUCUUUGGACAAUGCUGGCAUGUGGAACCUUCGAAUAGACAAUCUCGCCUCAUGGUAUCUGGGCCAAGAACUAUACUUGAGUGUGGUUAAUCCAGAGAUUGACAGUGACUCGUCUGAGAAUUCCGUUCCUCACAACACCAUAUAUUGUGGUCGGCUCUCACCAUUACAAAAAGAUCAAGCACAGAGGGUAAACUUCUCGGGAUCACCGCGAUCCAUCUUUGUGACAAGCAGAGGGAUUCUCCUCGCUCUUUUUGCAAUCUUAAGCUACUACCCAUUUUCAUCUCGGAGCUCCACCCGGAGAACCCAACAUGGAGCUUCUCCAACACUUCGUGUAACAGCUUCUCGCAGCUCUUACGAUGUAGUUGUUGUUGGUGGUGGGAUCAUCGGAUUGACCAUAGCCCGCCAAUUCUUAACCGGGUCGGAUCUUUCCGUUGCUGUUGUCGAUAAAGCCGUCCCUUGCUCCGGUGCCACCGGUGCCGGGCAGGGGUAUAUAUGGAUGACUCACAAGAAACCAGACACUGAUGUGUGGGACUUGACCUUGAGGAGCCAUGAACUCUGGCACAAGCUUGCAGAGAGCUUAAACGAUGAUGGUCUUGAUCCUGAAGAGCUGCUUGGCUGGAAAAAGACAGGAAGCUUACUCAUUGGAAGGACCUCUGAGGAAUGUGUUGCUCUGAAACGAAAGGUUCAUGAGCUAUCUGAAGCUGGGUUAAGAACUGAAUAUUUGUCUAGUGAUGAGUUGUUGUUAAAGGAGCCUGCGGUUCUUGUGGAUGAUGAUUCCGGGGCUGCAUUUCUUCCCGAUGAUUCGCAAUUGGAUGCUCAUCGUGCAGUUGCUUAUAUCGAGAAGGGUAACAGAGAGUUUGCACCUGAAGAAAGAUAUGCCGAGUUCUAUCAUGAACCAGUUACAGGUUUAAUAAGGUCUGAUGGGCGUAGCACGGAGGUUGCAGGUGUUCAGACUUCUAAACGUAACUUGUAUGGUAAGAAGGCUACUAUAGUAGCUGCUGGUUGCUGGAGUGGAUCUCUGAUGCAUGAAUUGCUUAAGGACUGCAACAUUUCGCUGGACGUUCCUGUGAAGCCAAGAAAGGGGCAUCUACUUGUGGUAGAGAAUUUUGAUUCGUUCCACUUAAAUCAUGGAUUAAUGGAGGCUGGUUACACAAAUCAUCAAAGUGCUUCAGCUCCAGAAUUGGAUGUUGAGGAACGGAUGCUAUCUAUUUCCAUGACAGCCACAAUGGACACAUCAGGAAACCUUAUCCUCGGGAGCAGCCGUGAGUUUGUCGGGUUCGACACUGAAGCUGAUGAGUUUAUCAUCCGUUGCAUAUGGGAGCGUGCAGCAGAAUUCUUCCCCAAGUUACGUGAUAUUUCCCUCGAAGAUUUCAUCCGGAACAGGAAAGUGAGAGUCGGGUUGCGUCCUUACAUGCCUGAUGGGAAGCCAAUGAUAGGAUCCGUGCCCGGAUUACAAAACCUGUACUUAGCAGCUGGGCAUGAAGGAGGUGGACUUUCUAUGGCUCUAGCAACCGCGGAAAUGGUAACAGACAUGGUACUGGGGAAACCUGAACAGGUAGAUAGCUCAGCGUUUGGGGUUAAAGGACGUUGUUGCUGAUGAAAUAGUAGCAGUUCGGUUUAGUUAAGAGACUGAAUCUUCUUGAGCAUUGUGGUUGCUAAAUGGUGUCCCAAAGGAAAUUUCUAUGAGCUACAUAAAUCCGGUGUUGGUUU